CCAGGUACUAUGAUCGAAUGGGGAAAUGCAUGGGCAAAAGGUAUAACGUUUCGGCGUGAUGCUAACCAAGACGUUGGAGGGUUUUUUGCUCAAGUUGGACAGUUAUACAUUGUCUACCAUAUUUGGGCAUAUCCAUCUAUGUGUGCUCGAAACGAAACGCGACAUGCAACAUGGGCAAAGCCUGGUUGGGAUGCCACUGUAGCAUAUACAGCUAAAUUGAAAAGUUAUACGAUGGGAACCGAUAACAUUGAGGAUGAGGCAGAUUUCUAUGAGCGGGAGAUUGAGAAGUAUAUGCAGGAAUCACUUGAUAGCACCGAGCGAUCGAGGCGUCAUUUAGAGAAUUCCGAAAAAAUUGGUGCUCAGACAGCUCAGGAUUUGUUGGAACAACGUGAGAAGCUGGAGAAAACUGAGCGUAAUCUAGACGAAAUUCACAAAACAACCCAGAUUACCCAGCGUAACCUGAAUAGUUUGAAGUCCGUUUUCGGAGGUUUUUUCAAGAAUAAAUUCAGUCGGAAACCUGAAGACACUCCUGAGAUCCCGCAGUCAAAAUCAGCUUCUCGAUUGGGUGACACUGUCAACGAAAUUACUAAAUCUGGAGGCUCAUUUUCUUCCUUGUCUGGAUCAGUUGGUGCACCAUCUACACUUGGCGAAUCAAGUCGAAAUGCCAUCAGAGGGACGCGAUGGGAGGCGAUGGAUAAUCAGAUAGAUGAAAAUCUCGAUGCCAUGUCGAAUAAUCUUCGCAAUCUACAACGCCUUGGACUUGAACUUGGACGGGAGGUGGAUGAGCAGAAUCAGAUGCUGGACCGCAUUCACUCGAAAGCAGUUCGCAAUGAAGCUGUAGUGCGAGUGCAAGACAAACAGGUUAUUUUUUGGAAAAAUUUGAACAUUGUUAUUAAACAAUUACCUAUUUAUGGUUAG